AUGGCGGCAUCCGUAGCAUCUGAGAGGAACCAUAGAACAUAUGCUCAACGAGCUCAAGAACGUCUUCCCUUUUAUCUCAAUCUUACCACGUUGUCUGCGCUACCUAGGCCUCGUGAACGUGAAAUAAUAGUGAAGAACCCUAGAUAUGAUCCAAAUUGGGGCAUAUUAGAUAGCAAGAAUCUUAUUCUAACCGCUUUCAUCACAAUGGUUGUAAAAAGUAUUCUUUUCGCUAUCCCUCCUUUAAUUAUGGGUAUUGUGUAUCGAUCACAAUGUCAAGUCCAGGAAUGGAUACCUCGUUUUCUAAUGGUAUUAGGCGUGGAAUGUAUUGUCGAAAAUAUAUGCUUACUUAUUGCAAUGGUAAUUAUAAUGUUCGUCCAACGAAAAAAGUCAAAAGCCGAAAUUUAUAAACAACAGAAACUUUCAAUGGCUGUGUGGGCUGGUAUUGGCACUAUCUGCACUCUUGCAUGGUAUAUUGCUGGAUCUGUAUGGGUAUAUGGCGUGAAAAAUCGAGUUCAAUUUGAUGAUGCUCAAAGUCCUAACUAUUGUCAUCCUGGUGUGUAUUGGUACACUUUUGUUUGGUGCAUUCUUUGGUAUGCAUAUUUGCCUAUUGCAAUCUCAUGCUUUCCAUACAUGUAUAAAUCUGAAAAGAAUCUUGUUGAGAGCGAACAAAUGUUCAAUCCUCGUGAGAUAGCUGUGAAAUACUAA